AUGGCGAGUGCUCAAAUUGCAUGGGGAGAAAGAAUGAAGCAACUUCCUUGGGUUGGCGAUAUCACUCGUGAAGAACUCGCAAAGCAUAAUACACCUGAGGACUGCUGGUGCUCAUACAGAGGUGAAGUUUACAAUAUGACACCAUACCUGGCCAUGCAUCCAGGAGGUCCUAAGAUUAUAUGCUCAGUUGCUGGUGGCGAUAUGGGCGAACUUUGGAUGAAGCACCAUCCUUACAUUUCCCCAGCUUUGAUUGCUAAGGUUAAGAUCGGCAGACUUGUCAAAUAA